UAGUGUUAAGUUUUUUUAGUGAAAUUAGUUUUAAAAUUCAAUUUAAUUUUAUACGGACGGUGCCAUUUUUUAGAAUAAAAAUUUCUGUGGUGGUUUUUUAAUUUAUAAACGAAAGCAAAAUUCCAGCUUCAAAUAUGGCGUUCGCAGGACUUAAGAAACAAAUAAAUAAAGCGAAUCAGUAUAUGACAGAGAAAAUGGGUGGAGCCGAAGGAACAAAAAUUAAUUUAGAUUUUAUGGAUAUGGAAAGGAAAACGGAUGUAACAUGUGAACUAGUCGAAGAACUUCAAACGAAAACCAAAGAAUUUUUGCAACCAAAUCCAACUGCUCGAGCAAAAAUGGCAGCUGUUAAGGGUAUUAGUAAAUUAAGUGGACAAGCAAAGCAAAACACGUAUCCACAGCCAGAAGGAUUACUUGGUGAUUGUAUGUUAACAUAUGGUCGGAAAAUGGGCGAUGAAAGUGCUUUUGGUCAAGCACUUGUUGAAAUGGGCGAAUCCUUAAAACAGAUGGCUGAUGUGAAAUAUUCAUUAGAUGAUUCAAUUAAGCAAAACUUUUUGGAACCUUUGCAUCAAUUACAAACAAAGGAUCUCAAAGAAGUUAUGCAUCAUAGGAAGAAAUUACAAAGCCGUAGAUUAGACUUCGAUUGUAAGCGACGAAGACAAGCCAAAGGUUCUCAUAUUUCAGAUGAUGAAAUUAAAACUGCCGAAGAUAAAUUUGCUGAAUCAUUACAUCUUGCUCAAAUGGGAAUGUUUAAUUUGCUUGAAAAUGAGGUGGAACAAGUCGCCCAGUUAGCAACAUUUGCGGAUGCAUUACUUGAAUAUCAUCAACAAAGCACGGAUAUUUUGAAGCUACUGGUUGAAAACUUGAAUGAAAGACGAGAUGAAAUCGCAAGCCAACCACGAAAAGAAUUUCAACCAAAAACAUUAUCGGAUUUACAUAUUGAUACGGUUGCUGAUGGCGUGAACGGUGGGCAUAGUAAUUCUUCAUCUAAAUCUGGCAGUAGUACUCCAACCUUUGUAUCAUACCACAAUAAUAAAUUAAAUCCAAAUAAUCCUGUUCAUAGUUCAAUGCCAACAAUAUUUGCUGCCCCUACAAAACCAGCUCCCGUAUCCAGAAAUCAAAAUAAUCACAACAAUCAAUUUAAUAAUAAUUUUAAUAGAAAUAAUAAUUUUAAUAAUCAUAAUGUCCAUAACCAUAAUAAUUCAACAAAAACAAAUAAACCUGAUCCAUUUACGCCCUUCGAUCCAUGGGAUAGUGUUUUUCAAGCGUCGCCUUUACCAUCUCCAAUGAAAUCACCAGCUCGAACGCCAUUGAAUCGAUUACCAUGUUGUACUGCAUUAUAUGACUUUGAAGCAGAAAAUCCUGGAGAAUUGGGUUUUAAGGAAAACGAUACAAUAACAUUAAUAAAUAAAAUCGAUGAAAAUUGGUAUGAAGGUAGCUUAGAUGGACGUACAGGAUAUUUUCCUGUAUCAUAUGUGCAAGUUGUCGUACCACUUCCUUGAGUUACUGGUUAAAAGAACUCCAUCAACCGAUAAAAUAAAAUAAUUACCAACAAAAUUUUAUUAAAAAAAAACAAUGUAUACAUUCUACAUUAAUCUUUAUUCAUUUUAAUUGCUGCCUCUCUUUCUCUUAUCUCUGUCUCUUACAUUACAUUAGACUUAAAUAUACAUAAAAUAUAUUUAUAUUUUUAUU